CUAAAUACAUACCUUGGGAGGAUACCUCUCUUUAGAUCACCUCUACUUGCUCGCUGCUGCACCGAACAAGGAGCGAGGACUACUGCUGCCCAUUAUCGGCAUGGUGGACAUCAGGCCUGCAAAUCUAUCCGCAGCUCGAUGUCAGCACGACGAGAUGGAUGAAGACCAUUCUACUGUGACGGCAACCCCGUCCACAUCAUCAUACCAGAGCGGGGGGAGUUACAGCAGUGUUGCGGAUACCCACCACUAUCGACAAGCGGGAAUGGGCCCUGCUCGUACGGAACGAUUAGCACCUAGUCAAGACCACACCGGCGUUCAAUUUUCGCCGCCCGCUCCGAGCUUCCCCGGAACGCCGAGACCGAGCGAGUCCUUGAUGGCCUGCCACCGAUACUCGCGAGUGGUGCGGGUGCUGGCCAUCCUCGAUGCGAUCAUUGUUUUGUGCGGCGCUUCCGCCUUCACGCCUUUAAUUCUCAUGAUAUGGGGUCCGAUCGCGGGUUACCUUGCGUCCAACUUCCGAUUAAGAGCAGCCUUCACCUUCCUCUUCUACUACGGCCUGAGGAUUUCUUGGGACAUUGGAUGGAUACUUAGCGGCGGGAUAAAGUGGGUUGUUGUCUGGGUGUUUCUGUUCACCGAUGUAGCCGCAUCGGGGCUGGUGUACUUCUUCGUGGUGCUUCUAUGUCGUUGUUCCACCGCUGAGGUGGAGCAUCUGCGAGAUCCGAACACCGCGUGGGCGUCGGCGUUCUUCCCGCUCUCCGUCGGUGCUACGCCAUUCGAGGGAUCUCCGGACAACUAGAUGGAUAGUGCUUCGCGGGCACGCUGUGGUUUGGUCCUUUGAUCCAUGCUAUUUGUUGUUGCUGUUGUUGUUGCUGUUGUUGUUUGUUGGGGUUUGUGGUGUCAUCUUUUUUGUCUUCUUCACAAGAAAACAGUUCGGCUCGCUAUCUCGUACGCCGUUUUCCGCACGAAAACUCGGAAGCGAUAGAAGUAUCAUAAUGAUCUGGCUUUCGACGUGAGAUCCGCGUGUGAAGUGAACUGAAAUCUCUAAGUUUCAUCAAGACCAGUCUCGAAGCACUCGAGCUGUCAGGAAGACGCUUGUGCAUGCGUAGCUG